CGCGCCUCGCUAUCGCCUCUGAACCCCUCUUCCGUCUCGCUAAUCUCGCAGGAUACCUUCAUGACCGCUGAUUCGUCCCUCUCGUCCGAAUUAAAUAUGACGCCAAUGACCAAUGGCCCGGAGCUUCUCUCCACAUCUUCUCCUUUACCUCUCGCUCCUCCGUCCAGCUUGCGAAAAUCCAUCUCCGUCGACUCCUUCGUUAAUUACAAGCCGCCCUUGGAUCCCACCACUUGUUCAACUCGCGGAAAUAUGAUGAGCACGACGGCGAAGCCGCGGUCGAACGAGACCUACGGGCAAGGACUCUCUGGGAACCAUGAUCCCGCACCGCGAGCUUCCAGCGGAAGCUCCAUGUCUCGGCGUGAGCCAGAUAAUUUUCAGCGAUGGGCAGGUCCUUCUCGCAGCAGGGGUACCAGCAUUAGUACCAACACCGGCGACGAGUACGAGAGCUCAUUACUGGACGACUCCGACGUAGAACGCUCGGAAGACAUGAUCAACGUGAUGCGGAAAGGGAAAGCACCGUGGCGAAGGCAUCCACAGGCUGAAGAGCUAUCUCUACCCUCGCGUCUCACCACCGUCAGCUCGUCUCCCACCGUGGGCAAGGCUCCGCCGCCAAUCGUUCCGGAGAGAACAAGCAGCUUAGGGCAGCACAGACUGACGAAGCAGAGGUCACUGAUUUCCGUGAACACUCAAAUACCACCUUCUCCUCACCAAUCGGACGUGACGCUGGUUGUGGUGGGCGCUGCAGAGGCUGGCAAGUCAACCAUCAUUAGGAAGGGUCUUAAGUCAUAUGGUUUGUCGGAGGCCAACUCGUCGACGUCUCCGCCAGGGGCGGAGGGGGGGCGCUUUCGCUACAUCUACCGCGUCGGACGCAUUAGCUACAACCAGGCUACCGAUCGUUUGCUACGAGUGCUUGAAGUUGAUAUCCCUCCCGACAUCGCUGGGGACGGUCAGCGUGGUAUCCUACCAGAAGGCGCCCCAGCGAUUGAUGGCCUGGUGGUUUGUUACGAUGCCUCACAAGAGUCUACAUUCACCAAUGUAGUGGAAGUGCUCCAAUCUAUGGCGAGCUUGAAGUUACCGACUAUUGUAUUUGCUUGCAAGUCUGAUCUUGAGCGGCACGUAGACCCCAAGCGGGUCUCCGCCAUUCUGGAGCAAUAUGAUGUCGGUCUGAUAGAGGUUACGACGACAAACACUUUUGGCAAAGACAAGAUAAGGACCGCCUUCGAGUGGAUCUUCAAGGCAGUUUUCGCCCAAAAACUUAAUGGCGCUCGAGAAGGAUACCGUAAUCCAGCCUCGCCGGCCAUCUUGACGACUCCCGCCCCAUGGGACAUCUCUAGGACUUCGUCCGCCACUCCGACGGGUUCAUCUUCUACCACCACUCAUUCACCCCUACUUCCGCCUCCAAGGAUACGAUCACCACGAUUACCGCCCCAGCUUGACGAUCCCCUUCGCACGCCCCGCACGCCAAUAUCGCCUAUUCGCACGCGUUCUAUGAGCGACCUGCUGUCCGAAAGGGGGCAGGACUGGGACGGCAAUAUCUCAUCUGCCGCUAUGGGCGAUAGAAAUAGGGAGUCACCUCGGUCUGUUCUACCUGGUGAAGGGACAGACAACUACGAGGAAGUGCAAAAGCAACCUUCUCAAAGCAUCGCGUCACGAGAGUCGCGACCUCCGAGCUGGAUGACUUUAGACGAACUUCUGGAUAAGCUUCUUUUUGUCGCAGUUAGUGACGACGACCCUACAUUCAUCUCCCAUUUCCUUUUGACCUAUCGCCGCUUUGCCGCCCCUCGUAGUGUUUUACUGGCCAUGCAAAAGCGUAUGCGAGCGUUGGAGGGGCAGACAUCUGACCCUAUGUUCGCAUGCUACGCUCAGAUGAAGAUUUGCGCAUUGCUUGACCAUUGGAUCCAGCUGUACCCGAAUGACUUCGCUGUUCCCAAUACAGCGAGUGCUCUUUCAGCUCUGAUCAAGUCUGUUAUGGGCAAAACUUACCUCCUACACUACGGUUCUGAGUUCAUCCCCUUUAUGGAGACGCUGUCGACGCUGAAAGACUCAGAAGUGGCCUGGGCGAUGAAGGUUGACGGACCCAAGGAUGAGAGCGACGACUCCAAUAGUCUCAAAGAGACUGCGAGACCCGGCGCAAGCUCACAUUCAUUGGUUCCGCCAUCCAAGAGCAUAGCGCCGGUGGUGACUCAGAAGUCUCUCGCUCGAGAGCGGAAACACAGUUUACCGCUGUCAGCGCGGAUACUCGUUAUGGAGACGUCGCCCACUCAAAUUGGGCUGUCAGAUUCAAUAGAGCAUCCGCCGUCGAAGAAACUGAAGAUUCUCGUAAACUUGUCAAAUCAGUUUAUGAACACGGAUCCGACUUCCUUGGCGCAAGAGAUCAGCAGACUAGAGUCAACCUUCUUCCUCCAGAUUGAGUCGCGGCACUGGCUUCGUCGGGUUAUGGACCCGAGUGUUAAGGAUGCAGAGACGGAUCCCAUAACACAAUACAACAACGUCUCAAACCACAUAGCUGAAUGGGUCGCUUCGUUAAUUCUUUGCCACGACAAACCGAAAAUGCGUGCCCGUGUCCUCUUUCAGCUGGUGGAGCUGGCCAGCCGCCUCCGCAAUAUGAAUAACUACUCUGGUUUGCGAUCCAUCGUUGCGGGCAUCAAUCACGCUGCGCUGGAUUACAACGAGACGAAGAGGAUCUUUAAACGCAAAGAGAAUCGACAAUACAAGCUCCUGCAGUCGUUCGACCAGCUCUUGCAAGCUAUGCGGGCGCACAGCAAGUACCGGCUAGCUCUACGAAACAGCAAGGGUGCAUGUAUUCCGGCAACCGAGAUUCACUUGUCGGACCUUCUGCGUGCGCACGAAGCCAAUGCUGACUUCUUCGAUGACGAUCCGACCCACAUACAUUGGGCAAAGUUCAAUAUGAUUGGUCGCUUUAUUGAUGCCAUCGCCCAAUGUCAAGCAAGCUGUCUGGAGACGAGAACGUACGAAAAGUUCCCCGAGGAUAUCAAGGCUCGAGAGCUUCUCCUAUUCAACAAGGAAAACUUAUUGAUGGACCAAGAGAUGAAGGAAGAACGGCUCAGGUUGGAUCAAUCGGAGGACGCUGGACAGGAGGACGAUUAUCUCGAUGAUCCAAACACCACUCGGAUGGCGCGAGAGUCUCCUACACAUACCCGGGAAGGAUUAUUCAAGAAGAAGAUACCAUUCUGGUGAUGAUUGAAUCAUUGCGUCGCACAUAUCUUGCUACCCUUCAAGCUUGCUUUUGGGACUCACUCCGCACACUAUUCUCCUUGCUUUCGCUGGUUUGCCUCGCACAUAUUCAUUGUAUUGCUUUUUCUAUCGCACUAGCUUGGAGUGUCUCGCAC